AUGAAGUCUUUGCGGAUCAGAAGUUUGCUUGAUUUUUUAUUGAAAAUUUUCUUCUCCUUGUUCUUUAAAGGCAUAGGGGCAGUAAAAAAUGACGUUUCAGGUGAAAGCAGUAUCUUAUAUAGUUUUUCAUCGCGAAUCGAAUGGUGUACUCAAAAAAAAUACAGUGACAACUUUAGAAGAAAAACGCGAUUUUACUUUCCCGCCUUUAAUUUUGAAAAAAGCUUUGGAUCGGUAUGCAGACAACUGUUUACAGUAGCCGUGCACGCGAUGUUGCGGACGUCUCAUUAGACUCGCAUUUUGUCAGAAAGAACCGGGUAUCUGCUUCAAAUUAAGGGUUUCUUCUCUGAAAAAUCGAUUAAGAAAACAAAAAACACACAUUGAUAAUAAAGUAAACACAAAAUAUCGCAAUCCAAAUCGAAACCUGUGUAAAAUCAUCAUUUUUUACCAAAGAAGCAUUUUUGCGAUUAAAGUUUGCAAAUUAUACAUGAAUAGAAAGCUUUUGUGACGGAAAGUACUUUGGUGACAACAGAAAAAAUUGAAAAUUGAAAGAAACGAAGAAAAAACCGAAAAUUUGGAAGUUGGCGAAGCCUGUUGUCCAUAUAGCAACUUUACUGCAAAGCGCCCUUUUUGCGGAAACUUAAACUUUCCUCUCUCCGGCUUUGAAUUAUUUUUUCUUUAAAACUAAGAAGGUCUGUACGUUUCCAAGUUCACCGUUCGAUCCGUAAUGAAAAACUCUACAAAGUACUGCUUUCACCUGAAAACCCAUUUUUACUGCCACUAUGCCUUUAAUACAUUACCAUCUAUGACAAUGAACUAUUUUUGGAUUUCAGACAAUUCUCGUGGGUCUUUAUUUUUGAUCGCUUUCUUGGUUUCUGGCUGUUCGACUUCAGGUUUGUCUCUUUUUUUUUGUGUUUUUAUGCUUUCUCAAUCAGAAACUUCAACUGAUCACUUAUGUUACAGUAGGAAUACUAUCUCUCUCCGUUCUAUUGUAUUCAUGUGUGAACGAUGCUCUCGGCGUGUAAUUGCUCCGGCAGACACGCCUGUAUCUCACUUGGUUCCCCUGCACGCGUCUUGGCCACACGCGUUUGAGGCUCACGAAUAAAGACUUCAUGACAGUCUGCCUUCAACACGUCUACAAGUUACACGGAAGAGCCGGUGACCCUUCCGGUGUAACACUUAUUCAAAAAAGAUAGUCGUGGAUAUGUAAUAUUAGGUUGGUGCGUAAUUCUUGAUGGUUUUUUUCUUUUCUUCUAUUUUCUCUAUUUCUUCAAACAAAACGCCGAACAUCAUUUGAUGUAUUCUCCAUCUGCAUUGACCACUUGCUGCCAUCGUCCAGGCAGACGCCUGAUCCUGUCCUUCUAGAAGAGCGCUGACCGCGAGAAGAAAUGUAAGGUCAACUCCGAUUUGACAUCGCUCUCUGUUCCAAUUUUCUUCUCGCCCUGGUGAUGCGGCAGAUGGGAGAAAAGGUAGUAAUCGGAGAAAGCGAUGUCAGGACUGUACGGUGGCAGCACCAUAAGAAGUCAGCCAUAGUUGUGCAGCUCAGUCUUGGUGACUCUUGACGUAGGAGGUCUGGCGUUGCCAUGUAGCGACGCGAUCUUUGGCUUGCUGCUCUCUAGUGGAUAGGAGCUGAACCUAGAGGUUCUGCAGUUUAUAAGAGUACUUGUCACUGGUGACAGUGUCACUAGCCGUUAGUAGCUCCUACUCUUCCUUGCCGACUUGGGAGCAGAAACAGCAGACUACCUUGUUUUCUGAGAUGAAAGCUCGGUUAAGAGUCGUGGUUUGCUGCUCCUUCUUAUGCAAUCAGUGUUUCUUGAUGUUCAAUGAGAAGUAGAUGGUCCACUUAUUAUCUCAAAAAAAGAUAAUGAACAGAAGUCGUCUCGUUUUGAAAAUACAGAAUGAACAAAGUUUGCAUUUGACUUGUGCUUUUUCCCAAAAAUCGCUCAAUUUGGACGUUUCGCAUCGGUCGAGUUUUGAGGACUUUUAAGUAGUUUCCUAUUCUGAAUACUGUGAUAGUGGCUACUACCAGUGUCUCUCUUUGAUUAUACGAAGAAUUAUAGCUCUGCGCCUCCGUUGGGGAGAGCAGGGCAUCGAAAUGCAACGCGACCUGCUGGAGGACUUUCGACGUGAAAAUUCCGACGUUGCCGAAAUUUUUGUGAUAGCUAAUCAUUGUAUGGAAAGAGCCAAGACCCCCGAAAAUUACCUACAGAAAAUUGCGAUGGACUGCGACUGCUGGUAUUUCAGAACGAGGACAUGAAAAACUUCAGAGCAAAUGUGGAUUUGGCCUGGUUUGCACAAUUCAACUUUUAUCACUGAUAACUGCUAUAGAUCUACUCUGUUUUUUCGUGAAUGAAAAAAGAACAAGUAUAACAUAAUCUGUAGCAAUUUCAGCUUCCUGAAGAAAACUGAAGCAGAACUAGGUCUUUUUGAAAAAAAUUAUCAAGAAUUACGCACCAACCUAAUAUAAAAGUCAAUUGAUUUUUCAAAAUGCACUUCUGAAAUCAAAUAUUUUAAAUGGUUCGAAGUUUGAUUUCUAGGUGCUAUAAUGUGUUUAGUCUUUUAGGUGCCACAAAAAGAUUCAAGUUCGCAGCGAACACUUGAAAAUUGACAGUCAUUUUCCGCUCUUUCAGAUCAAUGUUGCACGCGUCCAAUGUCGGCAGCUCCGGAGGGAGACGCGAUUCCGCCCGAAUGCACAAGACUAAGGUGUACGGAAGCGCCCAUAUACUCUUUUAAUGCGCGAGGCGACAACGCUCUCUCCAAGUUUUUAGUCAGAGCUAAGAAAAUCAGUGUUCUCACGGUACUUGGAAACGCUCCAGCAUUUGACCUUGAUGAUCUGGAAGAGAUUGUUCACAAGGGGCCGGGUACGUUUCGGUGAAGUUGAGAAAACUUUGAGAAUGAAUUAUAAAUUGUAGGACUCAAAGGAGUUUCAGGAAACUUUUGCGUUGCUGCCUCAAUUUUAUUUUUUUUUUGGGCUUUGAGAAAUUUCUGAAAAAGAAAAGUGUUAGCUUACUUUGUUAUAGUCUGUUCAGAUUUUGAAUGUCAAGCAACUAACUCCACCCCCAAGGCUACAAUAUCUCUCGCGUCAAUGUUUUAUAUCUAAAUGACGAUGGCCCUUUAAUAAGGCUGCAUUUUUGACUUCUUUUUCUAUCUUUUAGACCAAAAAAGAUCGAAAUUAGUCCCGCGCGAUAAAACAUCGACGCGAAAAGGUACCGUCUCAGCAGGGGCGGAGUUAGCUGGUUGACAUUCAAAAUCUGAACAGACUAUAGUUAUAAUCAAUUGUUUUUGUUUUCAAGAGACAUAUACAUCUUGCUUAACUUUAAUGUUUUUUGGCAAGUUUGUGUUUAUAGGGCCGGCAGUCAUCUUGAAGCAAGCCGUAUUGGGCGAAGAUUCCUUCCAAGUUUUGAAAAGAAUUGCGGUUGAUGAUCCGUUCAGUUAUUGUGGCGAUAAGAAUAAGUUAAUCGUCAUAGAAGGGGAUCUUGACCCGAUUGUGAAAAACUCGACUAGAAAAAGUUGUGAACAAGGUGAUCUUAUAAAAAAUUUUUUUAUAUAAUUUUAUCAACUUUUCCUGGCAGUCUUUUUCAGACGUUGGCCGUUUGUAACCCCCCAGUUGCUGAAUCCAAUUCUACGGUCGGAAGUCCUCUGAAACCUUCUUCUUUGGUUUGCCAGGAAAAUAAAAAUGCUUCUGCUGAGGAUGGCUCUAAUGAUGGUUGGUCUUCUGAAAAUUUCAAACUAUUUGAGCUCAUUUUAGACCAUCUUGUUUAUAUCGCUUGCGUCGCAAUCGGAGUUCUGGUUGUCAUUUGCAUUUGUUUGAUCAUUCUCAGUGUCAAGUUGCAUAAGAAACGUUUCAAGAAAGUGCAUCGCCUAGCUUCCUUAGGUGAUUCUUAGAAAACCAAAGUUUUACCCAAAGUUUUCCUUGUUUCGAAUUUUUCAUUUUUGUGUUUUUUUUUUCGUUUACGUAACUGGGAUGGUGUUCCAAAAAAAAAAAUCUAAAAAAUUACAAGCCGACAGUUGAGACGAAAAAGCUAUAUGAUAUAUAGUCUGUUCAAACCGCCCGUGUGGAUACAGUACUUUCCGUUUUGAUGUAUAUCGCUCUAAUUAAUCCUUGUGGAAAACCAUUUUUGCUGCCUCUCUCUUUUUCCACCAUUUUUUGAGCCGUCAGAAAAAUAGCAGGCUCGUUAAAGGGACUCUUUUUGCUACCUUUCUGCGCCUUUUUACGAGCUUCUUCCUUUCAGCGGCCAUUAUCCACCAUUUUGACUUUGCCCGGGCUAUUUUUUUUUCUCCAUCCAGUCUUCUCGGGCAAAACUGAGAAGCUCCCCAAAAGCUUUUCUUGAAAAAAAUAAACCUUGAAAGGGUCCCCGCCGGAUAUUUUUCAAAUCAUUUCAUUUCUUUUUUGCAUUUUCUUCACAUCCUUUAACAAAAAGGAUGCUGGGAAAAAGAUUCGAGUGGAUUCAAAAAGGAUCCUCUGAGGCUAUGAAAAAGGAGCUGAAAAGCUUUUUUAGAUCAUUUUAGGAGCUUUUAAAGCAGCCUUUUUACAUCCCUCUCAGGAUUUUCCAAAAAAUCAUUUUCCCUUUAUUGCAUACGGCCUCAGAACAAACUAUAUUUGUCUUGUUAUUUGGAUUUUUAAGCUUGGAUUUUUUUUAAUGGUAAUCUGUUGCCAUACAGUUUCAUGAGUCUUCAAUUUCUAAUUUUUAACGACAUUUUUGAAAUAGUAUUUAUUCCUUUAAUGAAUAGUUUUUUUUCUCUAGAAGCGUCUUCCAAUGUUCAAAAUAACGAAGAAACGGCGCAAACUGACGGCACACCGGGAACAUCUUUCAAAUCGGCCGAGAAAAUAUCCGAAAAAGCGCCCGAGGCACAACCGGAGAGGAAACCUGCGGGAGUAGAAGAUUCGGACUUGAAAGAAAAGCGAUUUUCGGGAAAGAGUAGCUCUGCCUGA